AUAGAGACAGUAAAGUUAUUUUAUGCCAGGAAAAACAGAAUGCUGGGUGUCUCAUGGAGUUUCAGAACCGGAUUUCAAAAGGAUCAUACAGAUAGAAAAUAAAAUUUAGCAUGGUGGACCGUUCUACAGAAUAUAUUUGUCAAUGGAAUUUUUCCAUAAUCAUACCACUAACAUGAGAAAAAAUGAUUACUAUUGAUUUGAAACUUGAAAAAUGAGCAGGCGGAAUUGUUGGAUUUGCAAGAUGUGCAGAGACAAAUCUAAGAGGCUUCCUUCAAACAUUACUUUGGAGGAAGUAUUACAGUGGGGCCAGUCUUUUGAAAAGCUGAUGGCUACAAAAUAUGGUCCAGUAGUCUAUGCAGCAUACUUAAAAAUGGAGCACAGUGAUGAAAAUAUUAAAUUCUGGAUGGCAUGUGAAACCUAUAAGAAAAUUGCCUCACAGCGGAGCAGAAUUUCUAGGGCAAAAAAGCUUUAUAAGAUUUACAUCCAGCCACAGUCCCCUAGAGAGAUUAACAUUAACAGUUCAACAAGAGAAACUAUCAUCAGGAAUAUUCAAGAACCCACUCAAACGUGUUUUGAAGAAGCUCAAAGGAUAGUGUAUAUGCACAUGGAAAGGGAUUCCUAUCCCAGAUUUCUAAAGUCAGAAACGUACCAGAAACUUUUGAAGACUAUUCAGCCCAACAAUUCCUAACUACCACUCAAAAGUUUAAAUUGAAGAUGGUGUAUUGAAAGUGCUGGCUUUGUUUUUUUUUUUUUUUAAUUCACACACACACACACACACACACACACAAUCAGAAAUAGAACAGGAAUGAAAUAGAAGAAAUCAAACUACAAAUUAAUUUCUUCUAGUUCUCAAAGAGAAACAGAUCCCCAAAAGGAGGGACUCUAGACCAGUUAAAAAUUGAAAAUCACAAUUUGUGGCAUGCCUACAUAGCUCAGUUAACACACAAGAAAAAAGAAGGUCUUCAUGACACCAAUAUUAUAGUUUUUACCGCAUUAGUCAAUUAAUGGAUGUUUUCUUAUAAGUGAAAUUUUGCUGUCAUGAUUCACAGAUCAGUUCUUUAAAAAUUGUAGCUGUAUGAGUUGUCUCUAGUGUGAGUGUAUCGUAUAGAUGGAGUGCUUGUAAUAACUUCAAUUAGUAGACAAACUUAGUAUAUGAAGUACAAUCAAUGGUCUAAUAUUAUGAGCAAUAAAAAGACUUGUUCUUGAGAGAUAUUUUAUCUGUAAAAUUUUCCUAAUAUUCAUAAACUUCUAUAUCACAAGUAUCUUCUACAUAUGAAAAAUUCCUGAUGAUUCUAAGCUAUUAAGAAUGCAUAAAAUUCUUCAUUUAUUCUUAUAUUGAUAUGAGGGUAGAAAAUUUGGUUCCUAUAUUUUAAGUAUUGUUUCCUCACAAUGUGAAUUUAUCAUGGU